UUUUCAAAACGACCAAUGAACGUCGGCAGAAGGAUGCUUUUACUCGAACGGCCCAAUCAGAGGUCUCUCUGCAGGAAUUUAAAGGUCUGCGCGACAUUUUCUGAACUUCACGGCUCCUGUGCGAGGACUGGGAAUUACGCCACUACUAUUGCUCUUCCUGCUGCUGACAGCUCCUCACUCCCCAAGAUGUCUGAGAACGUCGCACGCCUGAACAAAUUCAAGAACAAAGGCAGAGAUGCCAACGAGCUCCGACGCAGGAGAGUGGAGGUGAACGUCGAGCUCCGGAAAGCCAAGAAAGAUGACCAGAUGCUCAAGAGGAGAAAUGUGUCCGUAGUUCCGGACGAGGCGACGUCUCCCCUCCAAGAACGAAGCCAGAACUGUCAGACCUUAAGACAGUGGACCGUCGAGGAGAUUGUUGCAGGAGUGACCAAUGAAAGUCGUGAGAUCCAGCUCCAGGCAACCCAGGCUGCACGGAAGCUGCUGUCCCGGGACAAACAUCCUCCCAUUGAUGAGAUGAUAAGCGCCGGCCUCAUACCCAAGUUCAUCGCUUUCCUCGGGCUGACCGACUGCCCUCCAGUUCAGUUCGAGGCAUCCUGGGCUCUGACAAACAUUGCCUCUGGGACGUCUGAUCAGACUGCUGCAGUGGUCGCUGGUGGGGCCAUUCCUGCCUUCAUCAGCCUGGUCACCUCCCCCCACCAGCACAUCAGCGAGCAGGCCGUCUGGGCACUUGGAAACAUUGCUGGUGAUGGAUCAGCUCUGAGAGACCGGGUGAUCAAGCACGGUGCAGUUCCUCCUCUGCUCAGUUUGCUGGCAGUACCUGACCUGACUGUAUUCAGUCCCGGCUACCUGAGAAAUGUGACCUGGACUCUGUCCAACCUCUGCCGCAACAAGAACCCCUCCCCACCUUUGAGCGCCAUCCAGCAGAUCUUACCCACUCUCGUCAAUCUCCUGCACCACACUGAUCUGGAGGUGUUGGCCGACGCUUGCUGGGCUGUUUCCUACCUCACCGACGGUUCUAAUGAUCGCAUCGAGAUCGUGGUCCAGACCGGUUUGAUUCCUCGUCUGGUCCAACUGCUCGGUUUUGAAGAGCUGUCUGUAGUCACUCCAGCGCUCCGUGCACUUGGUAACAUCGUGACCGGCACAGAUGAGCAGACUCAAGCUGUACUCGAUGCUGGUGCCCUGUCCAUGUUCCCUCAGCUGCUGCGCCACAAAAAGCCUAACAUUCAGAAGGAGGCAGCCUGGACUCUGUCCAACAUCACAGCGGGGAAAGACACCCAGAUCCAGGAAGUCAUCAAUGCAGGCCUCGUUCCAUACAUGGUGGACGUGCUUGUGCGGGGUGACUACAAAACCCAAAAAGAGGCCGUGUGGGCAGUAACAAACUUCACCAGUGGGGGCACUGUUCAGCAGGUGGUCUACCUGGUUCAAGCCAAUGUUCUUGAUCCCCUCCUGAAUCUGCUUUCCUCCAAGGACAGCAAGACUGUCCUUGUCAUUUUGGAUGCGAUCACUAAUAUCUUCAUGGCUGGAGAGAAAAUCGGCGAGUCGGACAAACUGAGUCUGAUGAUUGAAGAAUGUGGUGGACUGGACAAGAUCGAGGCGUUGCAGUCUCAUGAGAAUGAGAUGAUCUACAAAGCUGCUCUCAACCUGAUAGAGAAGUACUUCUCUGAAGAGGAACAGGAGGUGCAGUCUGUUGUCCCUGAAGCUACUGAUGACGGUUAUGCGUUCCAGAUCAGUGAAAACGAGAACACUUUUAAUUUCUAAAUAACCGUUCUUUCUUUCUGUACUGUACCCCAGCUGUGAAAGUCUGUCCUCUGUUCAUGUGACUAUUUGUAUGUAUUGUACAUACUUUUUAUAACCUAUCAGGAACAAGUGUGUAAAUAAAGUUGUUGGCUCAUG